AUGUCUGGCAAUAACUCGACUCCAUCUCUUCCGCCUGAUGUCUUAAAUCAUAAUGAAGGGCCUUCUCUCAUCAUAGUAAGCGCAGUCUCUAUACCCUUCGCUCUCGGCGUUGUGGCUAUCAGAGUAUGGGCUCGACAUCGAAAACGAAUGGCCCUCGAACGUGAUGAUUUCAUGAUACUCUUGUCAUUGCCAUUGCUUUGGGCGACUGCUGGAGUUGCAAUUGCAUCUGUUACCUAUGGCGGCGUUGGCAAACCAUUGGCGGUCAACAUGAUGCAAGACCCAAAUCGUCUUGGACGAGCUCAAUUGUGUCUGGUUUUAACCGAAUUCGUCUACGGCACAGUCCUCUGCACGAUAAAAGUUGGCAUUCUCUUAAUGUACUACCGAAUAUUCCCGACAAAGUCCAUGCGGAUCGGCGGCUACAUCCUCGGCGGAAUGACCUUUUCAUGGUGGAUAGGAAUCAUCUUCGCAUCCAUCUUCCAAUGCUCGCCCGUCGACAAAGCCUGGAAGCCAUUCAUGAAAGACGGUACCUGUCUGGAUAAGAACAAAUUCUUCAUAGGCAACUCGAUCCCGAAUAUCGUGAUGGACGCCAUGAUUAUCGCGUUGCCGGUCUUUGAAGUGUCAAAGGUACAGGUUCCGAGAUCGCAGAAGAUUGCUAUCGCCGGAAUAUUUCUGCUUGGUGGAUUGAUCGUAAUCAUCAGUUGCAUUCGGCUGAAGUACAUUGUGGCACUCCUCCAAGCCGGGCAAGAAGCAGACUUUACGAAACUAAUCUCAACGCCCUGGAUCUGGACAGUCAUUGAACCAUCUGUCGGCCUUCUCUGCGCCUGUCUUCCAACGAUGCAACCCCUCUUAUACGUUCUCUUCGGUCGCUUCAUCACCAAAACUACACAAGAUCGUAGUAAAGAAGGGAUCAUCACCAUUGGAGGCAGCGGCCAAAAGUCAGCAGACAGACAGAAAGGUCCCGUUAAGGAUGGACCAUUUCGCAGACUUCACGACAAUGACUCAGCUGAGGAACCUGUUCUGUGGCCGGAGACGUAUCACAAUCAGCAUAGUACUGUGGUGGAGCACUCUAAAGGUGUGGCCGUGGAUGAGAUUCCUUUAGGAACUAUUGCGGUGAAGAAGGAUAUAAGAUGGGAAGAGUCAUGA